UGCCCUCCGAGUGCCUGUGGCCCCCUCCAGCCAGUGAGCUCUGCUGCUCUCCUGCAGCUGGGCCCUGACGUCCCUGGCAGCAGGAACAGCUCUCCAGGUCACUCCUCAGGGCUCAGAGACUCUUUACCAGUGUCUGAUCCCUAUAGCGAGAUGUCGUGCCCAGAGGAACUGGAUGCCCUGGGAGAUGUGGAUCUGCUUGACUUUCUUUUGAAGGAUGAUGCUCCCUGUCCUGAAAUCCCAGGGGAGCAGAAUGGUCUGCUGGAAGACUGGGGCCUGCCAAUGCCUGAGCUCCUCGACAAGGAGAUGGAUGACUUCAUCAGCUCACUGCUGAGCCCUUUAGAAGAUGAACCAGACAGGCUCAGUUAUUUGCCUGCCAACAAUGACAGCAGCAUUUCUGAGGAUCAGCAUCUGUCCCAUUGCCUUGGUAGCAAUUUUGCCAGCCAAGACAUUGUGUUGGUUGAUCAUAACUACUCCCUUCACCAGGACUGGCCUGCACUGGAAAGUGUGAGGUCUGAUGUGACAGAAGGAGAUGUUACCAUUGAGCUAGGGGCAUGGGUGGGUUUGGAAGGCACAAGUGAGACACUGGAACAGAGCACCACUUCCCCAGUUGCUGUUGCCGUGGAAGAUGAACCCCAGCUUGUGCCUGGAUCCAUGGUGCAGUCUGACUUCCCAGAGCUGGUCCUGACAGAGGAGGAGAAGCAGCUUCUGGAGAAAGAAGGUGUUAUAUUACCAACCUGUCUGCCACUGACCAAAGCUGAGGAGCGAGUUCUGAGGAAAGUGCGUCGUAAGAUUCGGAACAAGCAGGCAGCUCAGGAUAGCCGUCGCCGCAGGAAGAUCUAUGUGGAUGGCCUGGAAAACAGGGUGGCAGCCUGCACAGCUGAAAACCAUGAACUGGAGAAGAAGGUGCAGCAACUGCAGAAGCAGAACAUGUCAUUGCUCAGGCAGUUGCAGAAACUGCAGGCCUUGGUGAGACGGUCCGCCCCCAAAACUACCAAAAGAAAAACCUGCACCAUGAUCCUGGUUCUGUCCUUCUGCCUCAUUCUGUCUCCCAGCAUCCGCUUACCCGGGAGUGUGGAGCCACAGCGGGAGCUCAAGGUGCUGUCACGGCAGAUCCGCGAGUUUCCGAACCAGGGAGCACCUGAUGUCCAGCAUGACACUGAACUGGAGGGCUUCAGCCCAGAGCCUGGAGACUCCUUGCUGUUGGGCAACCUCAGUCAGUCAUGGGAAGAGGGGCAGAGUCCACUUAACUCCAGUCCCAGAUCUUUCAACAGCAACUCAUCCUCUGACCCUCCAGCAGCAGCAGGCUCCAAGCCGGGCCUGCCCCAGAGUGACCCUUUGCCAGCAGCAGUGUUGGUGCCAUGGAAAUCCAAGGGUCAGGAGUGGGUAGAACACCCUGACAGAGUUCUCAUCCAGCAGCACCAUGCCAAUGAGAUGUGACCAGUGCUGCAUCCUGCUCCUUGGGAUGAUACUGGGCAUCCCGUGGAGCAGGGACAGAUCUGUAGUAACAGAUUAUCUCUCCAAGCAGUUUCUUCUGAAUACUCUUCUCAUUGCCAGUGACUCAGAGGGUUUACCAGGAAGGAAUUGAUCUGACAUUUUUUAUCCGACUGCAUCUGACAUGGGACAGGAAAUUCUGAGAAUUUCACUGUGGCUGCUGAUGUGGCUUGCAGCCCAGAGUGCAUCUGGUGGCUUGUGUGGAUUAGCUGUGGCAGGGAGAGUGGAGGCAGUUGGACUGAGGUGCCAGUACUUGGUCUGACUCGAUGCAGCUGGCAGUGGAGGCUGCUGCCCUGCUUCUUCACUGCCCAGCUGGAGAUGAAGGCACUUUCUAGUCUGUGUUGUGGCCCCAAACGUAUGUUCCAUGUCAGUGCUCCUUAAUCCUGCAGUGUUGCCUGAUUUCUAAGGUGUGAGGGAGCAGUUUGACCUUCAGUGCUCUCACAGGAGUAGUCCUGCCUGCUGCUGCGACAGACCCAGCAUGUCGCCUGUUCCUGCUAGCUUUUGAGCCAUGGCCACAGCUCCCAGCCUGGCUAGAGGAGGUAAUUUGGAGUCCUUCCUGAGCCAUGUGUGCUGUUUGCCUACUGUAAGGGCUGAGCCUUUCAUCUCCUGCAGGUGUUUGGGCUUCAGGGAGCAGGCAUGCCCUGAGCCAGACUGCUGAGGCAGCAUGUUCAGAGAGCAGCAGAGCUGCGUGCUCUUUCGAAGGCUUUCCUGGCCACAGGACAGUUUCAAAGCCAGGUCCUUGUGUGCCCAAGCCUUGCUGUGCUGGCUGGUGAUGCAGUCAAUGGUUCUGGGUUGAACAGAAGCACUUUGAGCUGGUGAGCAGUGUCUUUGCCAGAGUGCAGCUUAGUGGUACCUGUAGAGAUGUCCUUGUCCUACUGCAGGACAUUCCAUAGAGUCAUAUAGAAUUGUUUGGAUUGGAAGGGGCCUCUAAAGGUCAUCUAGUCCAGUUCUCUGUGCAAUGAGCAGGGAUAGCUUCAAAUUGGAUCAGAAUAAUAAUGAAUAGCUUCCUUAUUAGUAGAGUCUAAAUAAAUAUUAAUGGUGUG